AAUGUUUGCGAUAUAUUUCAAGCAAUACGAAAUGCACAAAUCUUUUAACAUUAGAUAUCUCAUUGUUUUUCUCGCAAUCGAGAAAAAAAAUUAUAUCUACAGUAUUGUACACAUAUGUAUUUCCAAACUUUUCUAAUUUUUGAUCAAGCGCUUUGCAGAAAAUAGAAAAUACAUUUUUUCUUUUCAAUUAUGCUUGUAAAGUUAUAUAUUACAUAUAGGGCUUUGAAGAUAUUAUUCUAAUUCUAAAUUUAUCUUCCAAACGAUUACAUAUUUACAACGAUAUCUGUCUGUUGAGAAAAACAACAAUACAAUUUACAAUAGUAAAAAUACACAAGUCUAGAAUUAUAUAAGUUAAAGAUUUAUGAUUGCAAAAUCUGAGCACUUUCUAUCAAACAAAUAUCCAUGUGUAACUAACUAUCUCUCCUUUUAUUAUCGAUCGACUCGAAUAACCUGUCGUUCUGUUAGUCGCUAGAGAAUUACGAUUUACAUCCAAGAAAUAUAAUUAUCUCCGAUUAAAAUAAAAUGAUAAAGGGAUUUCAGUUACAUUUACUUAGUUAGGAGACAGGAAAUUGUAUCUAGCGAAUGGUACUAAGGUAGUUGACUGUGCUAUAUAUAAAAAAUUAGUCUUACCCGUCUUUAUAUAAUAAAGUAAUUAGCAAGAGAGAUUACAUAUACGAUUAUACAGAUAUACACACAAUUAUUGUACGAAUAUAUCUGACAAUUGUAUGUGGAUAAUUAAUAUAUGUAUAGUGAUGCGUAAUCGAUUCGCUUUCCUUUUCGUUUAUCAUAAAAAAUGAAUUCGAAAGCUCUUUCGUAAAGUUUCAAACGCAAACCGAUCGCUCGCGCGCCUGGCUACAUGGAUCCCGCAAUGCGAGAUGGUGCGUAUGUGCGAGGCGCGUGUUCUGUAACGUUUGUCUAGUGAACGGCAUGGAAAGCGAGGUAGUCGCGCUUUGGUCCGGGAAGCGUUUCCGUUCGGUCGAUGCCGAGGAGAGAAUCUCCGUCUCUCGCGUCGCUGCAAUUUUUCUCACAUAUUCGGUAAUCACAUAAUCUAAGAAUGCGGAAAAUAGUGACAAGAAAGAACGCGGAUCGGUGAUUAUCGGUCGCGUUCCUCCUAUCAAAAUGUACCGAUGGAACGAACAUGACAGGAUUAUUGUUCGUUAUACUUAUCGUAACUCACGCGGUCGCAGGAUCGCGACUAUCCGCGGCCAAUGAAAAACGAGUAAGAAGAUUGAUACGAGAUUGGGCACCUUUAGUAUGGCUUGCGCCUGGAGAACGGUUCUUGCCUCUCGGUGUAACCGAAUUCCUGGAUAACGUACAAUCGGACCAGCAUUACCUUCGCACUAGAAUAGACGUAGAGUCCUUAUUAAAAAAUCGAUCGUCCUUCUUGUACGGUCGAAAACCCGCUGGAACUGUACCCGUCUAUGCUCUCGUGAAAAACUGUGUUUCCAAAGACGCGCAGCUACGCGCGGCAAGAAAUAAUACGCCGCGGAUGCCGAGGGCAUCUGAGGAACGGAACGCUUUCACGUUGCAACAGGAUCCAGGACUUUCGGCUCAACGACAAACUGCUGCAAAUAGCAUCAAUCAUGAUUUAAGAGCACAAACUAUAUCGCGAGAACAAAUGCGGCAGGCGGCAACAGUGCCGCGAUUCGAUAAAGUCAGAGAAAAGAAUGGAUGUCAAAAAGUGCACUUUCACGUGACCUAUUGGAUGUUCUAUCCGUUUAGCGAGGGAAAAACAAUCUGCGUAUUGGAUCUUGGAUUUUUUGGUAGCUGGCCGAUACCUACUAUUGGUGGCGUGUGCAUAGGUACGCUUAAAGAGUAUGGCAGUCACAUUGGAGAUUGGGAACAUAUGAGUCUUUAUUUCAAGGAUAACGAGUAUCCUCUGGCAAUGUAUGUAUCGGCACACGAUGCUGGCGCAUUUUAUCAGUACGAUCCGCGAAAUGGCACUUUCAUCUACGAGAGUCAAGAAACGAGAAAAGGUCUUUUCCAGAAGCCAACAUUUCCUGAAAAGGUUUAUACCGCUGGUGAUUCGCAUCCGAUUUUAUUUAGCGCACGCGGAUCUCACGGACUCUGGACAGCUCCGGGGAAGCACAAGUUCGUUCGAGUACCUCGUUUGUACGACGAAAGUGGAUUUGGAACUGCUUGGCCGACAUGGAAAAGACUGGAAUUGCUCUUGGAAGAGGAUAAUGAGCCUUUACCAGGCUGGAUGACUUUUAAAGGCAAAUGGGGUAAUCCCAGUAGCAAUUGUCAUCCACUAGCAAGACUAGGUUUUAACAUUUGCGAAUUUGUGGACGGUCCAACUGGGAUUCCUAUGAAAAAAUUCAAUUUUCGAUGUUAAGACUUCCUAUCCCGUUAAAGACUUAAUAUUAAAUAAGAUUUUCUGAGACGCAUCUUUCUGACUCGAAUUUUAGAAUGAAUGAAUGUGAUGAUAUACAAUACAUAAGAUAAUAAAUUGAUAAUGCGAUUUUAAUGAGAGUACCAAAGAUGGUCGACCGAUAACACGAGAUAGAAGUUUACGUUUCAGUUUAUUCGAAUAAUUAACCAGAAACUAGAGGAAAUAAAGGUCAAUAAACGAGCAAAGAUGUUGUAAUAUAAUAGUAUAAUUUUCUUCAAUAAAAUUAAGGCCGGAACGUUUCGGCUUUACUGAUUGUAAGUCUUCUUCAAUCGUAAAUACAAAAUUUCAAAUUAUAAUUAAUUACAUUUAUCUUAUCUUUACAUUUAUUUAGUCGAAGAACACGUAACGUUUCCUUUCUGUGCGAGUUAUAGUGCCAAGAUUUAAAAUCGUUGCUCACCUCUUUUUUGAUCUUUUUUUUUGGCAGUUGAAUUUGAUUAUUAUAUAUGGCCCAGCCGGCAACCAGUCUAGAAGUAUGUAAAUUCUAUUCCAACGAGGUCCUCUCUUCGGUCAAUGUCUUUUUGACAACUCGAAACGUUCCGCCUUAAUUUUAUCGAAUAAAAUUAUAUAAUCAUAUUACAUCUUUGCUUGUUCGUUCAUUGACCUUUAUUUCUUCUAGUUUCUGGUUUAGUCUAAAAUACGAAUAAAUACGAUUAAUCUUAAUCUUCAUGAAUAAUUGAAAAGUAAUUUAGUGCCUGUGUAAACAUAUUUAUUUUAUUUAGCGGAGGCUUCGUUGAAAAUUGACAUCGAUAUCGAUCGAUAUAAAAUGAUAAUAAAAUAGGAUUUGUUUGAUACAA